UCUUCCAUUAAAAUAUUGAAAUAUGGCGUCGGCGGAAGGCCAGGAUCUCCGCCAUUUCUGCAGCCUGCCAGAAUCUCUGCUGCCUCGCCUGAAUUUCUGUUCGUGCGCUACACUGCGGUGGUUCAGAGGGUAUCUUUGUUGGAGCCGGAGGCUUUCUCGACUCGUUCAUGCCUAAAAUGCGCUCAAUCUUUGAGCAGAGCGAUCUCCCCAGCGUCGACCAUUUCGUCGUCGCUUUCUACUUCGCCUUCGGUAUCUUCGCCGCCAGAUUCUUCCUCGACAGCUUCGUUUUCCGCAUUUAUUCAUCUAACCAGAGGCUGUCCAUAUGGCUAUUGUGUGGCGGAACCAGCUUAGCCAAGAUCGAUGAUGCAGCCAGAGCAAAAGCAACAAAAUGUGCAGAAUCCAUGUGGAAAUUCACUUACUUUGCUACCAUCGAAGUCGUCACUUUGGCAAGUAUUUACAACGAACCGUUUUUUAGAGACACGAACGAGCUAUCAAGGAAUUGGCCUAAUCACAACUUGAAGCUGUCAUUGAAACUCAUUUAUAUGUGCCAAUGUGGAUUCUACAUCUAUAGUAUAAUUGCCCUAAUUACAUGGGAAACACGGCGGAAGGACUUCUCUGUUUCGAUUUCCCACCAUGUAAUUACUCUUAUACUUAUCGCAGGCUCGUAUGUGCUCAGGAUUUUCCGGGUGGGAACAAUGCUGCUUGCACUGCAUGAUGCUAGUGAUGUAUUCCUUGAAGCUGCCAAAGUUUUCAAAUAUUCUGAGAGAGAAUUUGAAGCAAGCUUGUUCUUCGGAUUCUUUGCACUCUCGUGGCUUCUACUACGGCUGGUGUAUUUCCCCUUUUGGAUCAUACGACAGACAGGCUAUCAAUCCAUCAAGGUCGUAAACAUGGCCGAGCCAUUUUAUCAGAAGAUGUACUACGGCUUCAAUACGAUGUUGUUGACGCUUCUUGUUUUCCAUAUUUACUGGUGGAAACUCAUCUGCGCGAUGAUCGUAAAACAGAUGAACAAUCAGGGAAAAGUUAGCGAAGACGUUCGAUCAGACUCGGAAGAUGAUGAGUAGAGAACUGGAGAUGGAAGAAUCAAUGCCCACGGUUACUGACGGGAUAGAAGACCAAGAAGUGAGUGCAGAAGACAGCCCGCAAACUGCCGAAAACCUUCAGGAAAGAAGCUCUGCAACUGCUGGAUGGGGAGGGAAAAUAGACGAGCAUUAUCGCAGAAUCAAAGAACAGGCCGAAACUUAUCCUUACGUGUGGGGUUCUUACAUCGUAGUAUAUGGAGGGUUCGGGUUGUGGCUGACCUAUAGAUGGAGAAAGCUCCGCAGAACUGAAGACAGUGUACGAACUCUUCAAGCAAGACCGCACCAACUUAUUGAAGAGGAAAAUGCAACGAGCUCUGCUGCACUUCCGGAGAAGUCUGCAAAGUCUUCUUUGUCGACAGAUAAGCCUCUUGCAGAUAAAGCUACUCAAUAAGUUUUGGUUAUGCUGAAGCUUCUCGAGAUUUAUGUUUUACUUAAAAUCUUAUGCAUAUUCUGGAGGUUCCAACCGAAGCAAUCGUAGUUAUAAAUUGAAAAUAUUUAUAUAUACGAGUGACUUUUAGUUGUAGCGUAAUUGUUUUGUUCGGUGCCAAAUAUCGUUGGAAUUUGAAUGAUCAGUAAGUUUCGCGAUUUGGUGUCUCUUGAUUGUUGCAUUUGAUUUUGUUGUUGCAGUGGAAUUAUUGUUUAAAUUUGAGCAGGUCGAAGAAAAUCGAGGAACAUCAAGAAACGGAACGACGAAACACGGGCUUGGAACUCAGACGUCGAAAUGUUCCACACUAACAUUGUACUCGACGCAGGCGUUCCCGGUCUCGGGAUCGAACCAAGCCGUGCUUGCCAGUGCAUAGCCCCGGGCCAUCCCGAACGCUCUGCUCCCGCCGACAAUCGGCAUCUCCCGGACGCGGUCGGACGCGCGGUUUCUUCCGAGCAUGCUGACGCUGCUCCCGUCGUACUUCCCCGACGUGAACACAAACGUGACGGCCAUCAGCAGCGCCGAGUCGUUCCGAGCUGUGUUUGAAUACAUCCCCUGCGCUCGCCCGACGAUGUCGGAAUCGAGUUCCGGUCGUUCCGUUAUUUUUAUUUGCGU